AUGGGAUUUUUGAGUGGUGUGCUUGAGGAUGUCAGCGAGAAACAGCCUUACAGUGUGGGUAAAACAAUGCUAAAAGAGUUUGUUGAGAGUGAAUUAAAGCCUAAAUUAUCCACCGGGCGUGAGGGUUUUGAGUUCAUUGCGCAGGUGGCGGGGACGGUGAGGGAGUAUAAUGAGAGAGUGAAAGAGUCUAACAACCAUGUGAAAACCAUAAUAAACAAUAUGGACAGAGACAUGAAAACGCUCCAAAAUGAGGUAGGUAAAAUUUUACAACAUAAUCCUGAUUCAGAAAAUUUUGAUGAAGUCAAGCAGGGUGAGACCUUGGUCACUAAGCUGGCCGACGAGUAUGCAAAAAAAGGUAUGAAUUUCGAUAGUAAUUUUGUCAUAAGAGAAAUGAAUGCAUGGAUGACAGGUGCUAAAGUUGAGCCAAAGCAGCAAUUUAAAGACUUGAAUGCUGACCUGAGAUUAAAAAUCACCCAUGCGAGAAACAAUAUCACGCAUGAGGCUGAGAGGCUUACGACACUGUCGAAGAAGCAGAAAGAGAAUUUGGCUGCGAUGACUAGUAUGAUCAGUAAUAAGCUCAAAACGCUUAAAAGCUGUGUGAAUGAUAGAAUUAUGAAAGAUGUUAAUGAGCUUGUUAGCAAGGUGAAUGAGAAAGUUGCGGCAAUUUUGAAAUUGCUAAAGAGCAUCAGUGAAACGCUUUGGGAUCAUGUUAAUGAAUUAGGGAGGUGGAUUAAAGAAGCAGACGAAAUUUCCGUUGACGCGGUUAAGGAUGUGAAAGGUAUUAUUGACAAUGGUGUUGGUUGGCAUAAGUCCGAUCCAAUCAAAGAGCAAGCAAAGCAGUUGAAAGACAAGGCUACGGAACUUUACUGGAAAUUUGAGGGUGCGACGCGGUCUGUUGAGGAUGGCGUAAAAAACGCGAAAACGGAGAAAGUUAGCGAGUUGGAUAAGUGGAAAGCAGCGGGCGACGCGGCCGUUAAUAAGGCGAAGGAGAAGUGUGAUCAGAUAGUUGGGAAGUUGAAGGGGCAGGGAAGUGAGACAGGUAUAGUAGGCGAACGGAAGGCAGUAACAAAUGCAGCGGAGCAAUUGAAGAUAAAGGCCGAUGAGCUUAGGGGGAAGGCGUACGCUGCUAAGACGCAGAUUGAGACGUUGGUGAGUCAGGCUUUGGGGGAAGUUAAAACGAUGGACGAUGCGCUGAGGACGAAUUUGAGAACAGUGAGGGAUGGAAUUAAAAGUGGGAUAAUGGACUAUAUUAAAAAUGGAUUGAAUGGGAAGAUUAAAGUGGCGCUGACGGAGAUGACCGAUAAGAUUGCGCAUCGUGAUGAAGAAAAGCCUGCAAAGCCUGGACAUUUGGAUAAGAUUGUUAAAGGUAUUAAAACGUAUGCGGAGAGGUUUAGUAAGGAGGACGAGAAAACUGGUUUCAAAGGUGUAGUGAAAGGAUGGUUGGCUGACAUCUUGCAGAGUACGCCGGUCACGACUACGUUGGCGACCUAUAUUGGCGGGAGUAAGGUCGGAACUUUGGACAAUGCCGAAGGUAUUGCGCAAGCAAUUGUCGCUGAGCUAAAGGUGGAAGUUACGACAGCUGUUGAUACGUUCAAAAAUCAUGUGCAGGAUGCCGGCGACUCCAGCACAAAGAUUGAAGAUUAUAUACUUGCUGUCAACAAUGUCUGCGAAAAAUUCGCCAAAGCAGUUGGAUUGAAAAUAAAAGGUCAGGUAGAAAUUGGCGGGGUUUCCCGGCAAAUGGCCGAAAACAUUAAGCACGUUUUCACGAAAGUUCAGUCUCCGGUGGGACGUGAAAGUGACCUCGCACAAGCAAUACGUUUAAUUCUUCUCCAGCUCAUUGGUGCCGCGAGCCAGGCUGGGAAUGCAGUCCACUCUUUUGCUAGUAUCGCUGAUGAUGGUUUGGACGACGACGAUUAUGACCUGGGGAAAAACUUGACAGACGGCGUUGGUGGCGUCAAGAAGCUUGGCACUCAACUCUAUCAACAGCUUCAACAAGCCGGUGGCGAUAGGUCAUCUCACUUUGCUGACUUUAACGGGCAGAUUGCGAGCACAGUUAAUCCUAUUAUUGGGACGGAAGAUGUCACAGAUAGAUCACAUAAAGUCACUCUUGAUGAAACCAAAUUCAGUGGUUACCUCCAUAGCGUAUCGAAAACAGUCGCUGGCAAAAAAGAGCUUAUCGGCGAUACAGGCGAAGGCUCUCUCCCGCAAUCCAUCAAGAAGAUUCAAAAUGAGAUCAACGAAAAGCAAGAGUAUUUGAAAAACGUUAGUAACGGUGAAAGUGGCGGCAAUGGAACGUUCGAUGCGAAAACUUUCGAAACCUUGAAUGGACAAAUCACCUCCAACCUCACCGCCUUCACCGGCGCCGUCGAGCAGCUUGUUAAAAAGGACAGAGUCAAUACAACCGUAAAUGCCUACCUAGAAGAUGUGUCUCUUCUGCUCAAUAGUGGAGAUCCCGUUGACCUCAAGUCCGAUAUAAAAGAUACCCACCCCUCCGUCAAAGGCCUCGUGACGAUCAAAGAAGAAAUCGACUCCGCGCUCGACGGGAUUAAAAAUAAAGCUGACGCAGAAUUUGAUGCCGCAAAAGCAACUACAGACAGCGGAAACAUAUUCACAACUUUGUCCACCGCGAUCACUACGAAUCUCAAAGACCUUUUGGCAGCUUUCGAGGAGGCAGGCAAACAAGUGAACAAACAUUUGCAAAAAUUAAAAACCAACAUCGGCAAGAAGGAACAUGGCGCUGAUGCUGCAGUUGGUACGCUGCAGAAAAUCCACGACAAUCUUGUUACCUUGUUGAACGGUGACAUUAGCCAAGUCAUCAAUGACGCCACUGCCUUCAAAAAACAAGCCAAUCAAUUGCGUGAUAAAACAAUCGGAGCACUCAACGGACACGUCGAAGAUGAAGUUAAAAAAGCCGAAACCGCCCUCAUCACCCAGGCCAACAAAAACUACGUCACGUCCGUCAAAGAGAUGCUGACUGCCUUCGCCGACAAGGUGCAGAAGGAACUGAAGCCCCUCCCCGGCGAGAUCGACACCGACAGGCAGCACGGCUUUAAGGGUUUCAUGCGGACGUUGCAGGGGACGUUCAACGGUGAUGAGACUUUGACUGACAAUAUUGACAAACUCAAGGGUCUCGUAAGUGAACUGUCAG